AUGGCAGCUUUAGGAAUAAAUACUUAUUAUGGGAAUAUUGAUUUAAGUCUGCUAUAUUGGGAACACUCAAAGAAAGAAACCAAAGGGAUCAUCUCAUUGAAAGUCAUUCCUAGUCUGCAGAACUGGCUUCCUGCUCUGCAAAUGUUCAUGCGGGCACAGUUUGACUAUGACCCCAAGAAGGACAACCUAAUCCCCUGCAAGGAGGCGGGGCUGAAGUUCAUGACUGUGGACAUCAUCCAGAUCAUCAACAAGGAUGAUAGCAACUGGUGGCAGGGGCUGGUGGAGGGCUCAUCGGCCGAGUUGGCGGGACUAAUCCCCUCUCCUGAGCUGCAGGAGUGGCGAGUGGCGAGUGUGACACAGUCUGCUCCCAGUGAGGCACCGAGCUGCAGCCCCUUCGGAAAGAAGAAGAAGUAUAAAGACAAGUACCUGGCCAAGCACAGCUUGAUUUUUGACCAGUUGGACGUGGUUUCCUACGAGGAAGUUGUCCGCCUUCCUGCAUUCAAGAGGAAGACUCUGGUGCUGAUAGGAGCCAGUGGUGUGGGGCGCAGCCACAUUAAGAAUAAUGCUCUGAUCCGUCAGAACCUUGACAAGUUUGUGUAUCCUGCCCCAUAUACCACAAGGCCACCCAAGAAGGGCGAGGAGGAUGGGAAGGACUAUCACUUUAUCUCGACCCAGGAGAUGACACGGAGCAUUUCGGCCAAUGAAUUCUUGGAGUUCGGCAGCUACCAAGGCAACAUGUUCGGCACCAAAUUUGCCACAGUGCUCCAGAUCCAUGAACAGGGCCAGAUCGCCAUCCUGGAUGUGGAGCCUCAGACCCUGAAGAUGGUACGCACAGCUGAACUCUCUCCUUUCAUAGUGUUUAUUGCCCCCACCGACCAAGGCACUCAGACGGAAAGCCUGCAGCGGCUGCAAAAGGAUUCGGAGGCCGUCCGCAGCCAGUACGCACAUUACUUCGACCUGUCGCUGGUCAACAACGGCGUGGAUGAAACCCUGACCAGAGUGCAGGAGGCCUUUGAGAAGGCAUGCACUUCCCCACAGUGGGUGCCCGUCUCCUGGGUGUACUGAGUUUGAGUUGGGUGAGCCCCAGGGCUCCUCCACCCCCCUCGCUUCAGCUAGUUCUCCACCAGCCACCUGCUCUCUGCACCUCUCCUCAGUAGACCAGCCUCUUGCGUGGCCUCCAGAAGGGCUCGCCCUGCUUUUCCUUGGCCGUGGAGCCUAUUGAGAUUCCAUAGGAGCACCAGCCAGGUGCCCAGGGAGGAAAAGCAGGAUUCUCCAAAGCCUCCACUCCUUCACCUGCAACUCACUGGGUGUUCCCUUUCCUCUGUGAAAGCCUUUGAACUUUCCAAAAUGCUGCG